AUGCAGCAUAGUCACAGUCACAAGGUCGAUAACAGAAAUGAACUUUCAUUACCGUACGCUAGUGAUUUUCAUGUUCAUUUGCGACAGGAUACGUUGAUGCGUAUGGUGGUUCCGCGUAUUUUGGAGGGUGGUGUGUCGUUGUGUUAUGUUAUGCCAAACCUCAAACCGCCAAUAAAAACCACCGAACAAGCACUAUUCUACAAGGCACAACUGGAGAAACUCGCGCCAUCGGUGACUUUUCUGAUGUCGUUGUACCUGAGUCCUGAUUUGACACCAAAAGAGAUUAGACAUGCGAAACGGCAUGGAAUUGUUGGAGUGAAAUCUUAUCCGCGUGGUGUUACCACGAACUCUGAUUCCGGGAUCGAAUCUUAUACUGCGUAUUAUCCGGUGUUCAAGGCGAUGGAAAAAGAAGGCAUGAUAUUGAAUCUACAUGGGGAACUUCCUAGUGAUCAUGAUAAGGAUAUAUGCGUAUUAAACGCUGAAGAAAAAUUUCUGGUGCAUUUGAAACAGAUACACGCUGAUUUCCCGAAUCUGAAAAUCGUUUUAGAACAUGCUACUACAAAAGCAGCCGUUGAUAUGGUUAAAUCUCUUGGUGACACAGUUGGUUGUACAAUUACAGUUCAUCACCUACAAUUAGUGGUUGAUGAUUGGGCAGGACAGUCGCAUAAUUUCUGUAAGCCAGUUGCAAAGUAUCCGCAUGACCGUCAGGCAUUACGUGAAGUGGUUGCAGAAGGACAUUCACGGUUCUUCCUCGGAACAGAUUCAGCACCACAUCCAGCACACUUAAAAGAAUGUGCACAUGCAUGUGCUGGAGUAUUCACCACCCCAUUGGCGAUACCAUACUUGGUUACUAUUCUCGAAUCUUUUGGUGCACUUGAUAAACUUCAAGGGUUUGCUUGUGAAUUUGGGAAACGGUUUUAUGGUGUAGAAGAGAAAAAGCAUACUCACGAAGGGGGUAAAGAGCGAAAAAUUAAAUUAGUUAGAGAAACUUGGGCCGUUCCUGAUUCUUUUAUUUAUGGACACGAUGAAGAUGAGGAGGGCGAGUCUGGUGUUGUAGUGCCUUUUUGGGCGGGAAAGGUUUUAACCUGGAAAAUCGAGCGAUAG